UCUGUAACACCCUCCUGUUCACGUGCAUCUGGGUGAGAACCCGCACUGAAUGCGUACGGAACCAUCGCGAGGAGGACGAGCGCUCGCAGCAUCAGCAACACACACUUCCACACGCGCGCGCGCACACACACACACACACACAUAGGCUACCAAAGAGGUCAGCUCGCGUGCUGCGACUUGAACGGAAGACAACCGAGUGCCGCGAGACACAAUAAAGGAGGCAUAGGAACUGAUCCCCGUGCCGUCACACACGCUGAAGAGACAAAGCCCGUCGUAACCAUGAUGACGGACAGUAAGGAUGCUAAGCUUGACGCGCGGGUAGAGGUAACAGAAUCUGAAGGCCCAGAGCGGCAACGGAAGGGCAAAUUCCAGCCAUUCCGGCGUAUAUUUGGGAAGAAGAAAAGGAGGGAAGCAGAGCGUGGGUUUGAGGGAUCUGAACUUAAACCUAGCCAUUCCACUGACAGUGUUUGCAAUGGGGUGGUCUCAGUUAUCGAGGAGAAUGAUCAGUAUCUAAGGGAGUUAAACACCCUAGGGUCCCGAGCUUUUUCUCACGAGAGUGUAUUUAUCCCAGAGGACUCAGAGAAGACAUAUCCAGGACAGACAAUGUCCCAGGAGAACGUUUCAGACAAAGUUAGGAACAUUCAGAGGCAAAUUGGACAUAAUAUCAAAUUUGGUCAGAGACCUCCUUCACAUAGAAAGAGUGAGGGAGAUGAAGGUAGCUCAGAUGAAGAAGAGAUACCACGAAGUCCACUGAGGUUUCUUGCUCAGGUGGAGAAUGAGCCACCAGAGACCGAAGCCAACGAAAAAGCUGGCAGCCAUGACACGGUCCAGCACAGAACUCCAGUCAAAUCCCCACGCACUAAGCGCCCACCUCCGCCUGGCACAAUUGAGUCCAUCAAUCUAGAUGCUGUCCCUCAGUCUGUCUCAUGCUUGGACAACACUGCUGCCAAACAUAAACUGUCUGUCAAACCGAAGAACCAGAGGGUGUCACGCAAACAUAGAAGAUUCACACAGGAGUUUCAGGAAGAGGAUUUCUCUGAAAUGCAAGAGCAAUCUGAAACACAAAAGGACGAAGAAGUCUUUGAUUUGUCAAGAGAGGACUAUAACAUUAUCCAUAGGAGCAAAGAGGAUUAUGAACCCACUGAGAAAUCGAUAAGGCGACGAUUUCAUGAGGAGGAGCAAGAACGCCUUGAGUUUCAGAGAAGGGAACAAGAGGAAGAGAGAAAGAUGGAGGAACAACAAAGGAGAAUUGAGGAGCAGAGGCUAGAAGAAGAAAAGCAGCGCAGACAGGAAGAGGAUAGGCUGCAAAAGGAGGAAGAGGAGAGGACGCAACGAGAGGAAGAGGCAAGGAAAGAAAGGGAAGAGGAAGAAAGAAAGAGAGAAGAGGAAGAGCAAAGAUUAAAACGCGAGGAAGAGCAAAAGAGGCAAGAGGAGGAAAGAAUGUGGAAAGAGGAGGAGGAAAGAAGAAGAGCAGAGGAGGAGAGAAGGCAGCAGGAACUUGAGGCAGAGCGUCUUCAUCUGGAAGAGGAAAGAAAAAGGGAGCAGGAGGAGAGAAGGAGAAAAGAGGAGGAGGAGGCAGAACAACAUAGGAUUCAAGAGUUAGAGGAGAAACGGCAGAGAGAGGAAGAGGAGAAAAGAAGCCGACGAGAGGAGACUGAGAGAAAAAGACUAGAGGAAGAGGAGGAAAGAAAGUGGCAACAGCAAGAGGAGAAAGCUGGAGCUACUGACCCAGAAUGGAAAAGAAAAGCAGAGGAACUGAGAUGGAGAGAGAUGGAGGAGAGACAGAGGCCCUUCACUUUCAAGGUUUCUUCAGGUGAGAAGCAGAUACUUUUCCAGAAGGUCAACCUCACUCCUGUUACUCUAUCAACUGGCCAACAGGGUGAAUCAACAGCUGAAACCAGGGAGGGAGCUAAAGCUUCUUCACCAGGAUGCACAGAUUCACCAACUCUGUCUUCAUCUCUUUAUGUCCCACAUACUGCAAUUCUUGUGACAGGAGCCCAACUUUGUGGAACUGCAGUCAAUCUCGAUCAGAUCAAAGACACAGCCUGCAAGACCCUUCUUGGCCUUUCGGAAGGCAAAAAGGCCAUGAGCACUCCUCCAACCAAAAGCAAGACUUCACCAGAUCGUAAAUCUGGAAAAACCAAAUCCUUAUAUGAGUCUUCCUUAUCUGUAGACCAAUCAAAUGCUGCUGUCCUGGCAGAAUGGGCAAGUAUCCGAUCCAAAAUUUUUAAAGGUGCUGAGGAUGGAAAAUAUCCCGAAUACCCAGAUCAGAGUCGCAGGCCGAUAAGUGAGGAUCUAAAUACAGUGCCAUUCUCUCACAGCAACCUCAGGAAAACCAUGUCAGCCAGUGCUAAGUUUUCCAUCAUACCAGCCAGAAAGAAGUUUACUGAUUCCAAAAGGAACUCAGAGAGUUUGGGUCAGGAAGACAAAGAAGGUGUGACAAUAGAAUCACCAUCUACGGAAACUCCCUCUGUACAAAAAUCUGAAUUGCCCUCUUUAGGUACCAAGAUCCAGAGCAGGGGAAGCAAAGUUGUCCGCAUCACAGAUAGUGCUGAAGAAUGCAUGUUUGCCAAAGACCUCCCCUCCUUCCUUGUUCCCAGUCCACCACAUGGAUCUCCCAAAUCACAGAGAUCCGAGUCUGGAUCCCUAAGUCAGGCAGAAUCAGAAGACUUGGCUCCAAAGGAUGAAAGGGAUCAGAAGGACCAGAGUGGUGAUGAGCAGCCCUCACCUUUUGGAAUCAAGUUGAGAAGAACCAACUACUCUCUUCGCUUCCACAAUGAACAAUCUGCAGAGAAGAGGAAGAAAAGGUACAGUGCAGGAGACAAUUUUGAAGGUGUCCCAGUGCCCCUCACCUCCACUGACCAAGAUUCUGACACUUCUACACUCUCGGAAAAGUCUAGCCCUGUUUCUCCGCAACAAGAGAUUACCGGAUUUCGAUCCACUACAGCACCCAGUAAAGAAUCUCGAAGUAAGUUUAGCAGAAAUACUCUCCCUUUGGCACGCACUGAAGCCGUCAAUUUUGUCCCCAAGCCUCCAUUUUACCAAAAACCAGCUACAUCCCCCAAACCAUCUGAAGAUGCCACACCUCCACCCUCUCCUCUCCCGAAACCUGGCAGAAGGACUUCAGGGGACAUGAUUUCACAAUGGACAGGGCAAGCAGAACAGAUAGAUGCUGCGCAGAGCAGUGAUCAAAAGGAAGAAGUUGCAGCAUCUGUACCAUCCCAGAAAAAUGGACAAGGGGAGGAGGAGCUUAAAGAAAAGAAGUCAUUUUUCCCAUCCAUCAGCAUGCCAUGGAGAGAAAAAACAGACCGUAGGACAGAACUAAUUAAAAAAGAAAAACCCUCUCUGCAGGCCAGGCACUCUCUGGACAGCUCACGGACACAGGAGAAAGAGACAGGACCACUUUGGAUCACUCUGGCACUGCAAAAACAGAAAGGCUUCAGAGAACAGCAGCAAAACCGAGAUGAUAGGAAGAGCCAGAGAGAAGCUAAGCUGGCUGAGAAACAGGCUAGGGACAGAGAUAGCGCUGGAAUGAUCAGUCCCACAGAGGAUAAGGGCAAUGGAAGUCCCAGCCCUCUCAAGCCUCAAGCAGCAGAUGCGAAUAAGAGACCAGACACACUCCUGUCCCGUUUUGAACGACGUGACAACUUGAAGAAAGCAAAUACCUUGCCCAGCUCAGUCACAGUUGAAAUUACAGACUCUACACCAUCUCCGCCAGCAACAAAAGAUGUGACAAAGCGCUUCCCUCCUGGUGACACUACCCAGGUUUCUACCGAGCCUGCCUGGCUUGCCCUAGCAAAGCGUAAGGCCAAAGCCUGGAGCGACUGCCCACAGAUCAUCAAGUGAUCCAUUACUGCUGACCAGUGAAAAAGCAAACAAGGCAUCUCCUUCAUCCACAUCACUUAGCCAUCACUGCACCCCAGCUCACCUCUUGCUCUGAACAAAAAGUUUAUAAUUUACUUUAGAGCAAUCAGGCAUUUCUGAAUAUUUGGUAAUUUAGUGACUAAAUAUUGUACCAAUAUUAAGAUUCACUAAGGAUUUUAUCAAAUGAUCACAUAAGACAAUGACAUCAACCUGCCCCUCUAGUUUUCAAUACACAGGAUUAUUGCAAUAACAUGCAUCAAAAGCUUAUUUACUCAUUUUGUGUCACAGCCUAUCAAACAAGCCCUAGAAUCUUCAGAGAAGUUGCAGCCCUUCAUAUAUUUGAAGUUGCCAGUGGUUAACAGUGUAUAUACACAAUGCAUGCCAAACUGUUGAUUCUAGAUAUCACUAAAACAAUAUGAGUGGUUCACAUUAAGUACAAAUGCAUCAUGUCAAGUAAAACAAGAAAGUAUGUUAUUGCUUUGGUGACAAUUCUGGGAAGCAAGUCAAGGGCUAAUAAUGACACAGCUGAUGAAACCUUCACAAAUUUCACUCCCACAAGCAUGUAAAUCAGAGAAACGGAUUUGUAAUUUUUCUUGUUUUCUUUUUCCAUGUAUGCACUCAAAUGAGUUGCCACUCACAGACCUUGCCGAUGGACAGACAUUGUCACUUUUUUUAUUUCUUAUUAUAUUUGAUAUCUUGGCAAAGUAAAAAGAUCUUCACUGUGUCCGUGACAACUGUGAGUUCUGUUAUUUUAACUAUUGCUACAAAUCAUAAAUGACACGUCAGCACUGUUUACUCAUGUAAUUAACUAACAAUGAAUUUGAAGUUUCCAUGACAACAUAGUAUAUAUGCACUUGAACCGUGCUGUCAAUUGAUGAAAAAUCUACUUCUUGCAGUGUCAAUACACGCCUGUUUCUGUAGAAUUGGUUGCCUGGGAACUGCCUGCUUGCUGUAACAUAAACAAUGCUAUCCUGGCGUAGCGUGUGCUAGCAUCUCUUUUACCGCUAAUUAGCAAAACCUGCAACACGGCUAAGUGAUGGGAGAUCAGUGUUUCAAAUGCAACGUCCCGGGGAGAGAGAGUAAGAACAAAAGGUCUAGCCAAUGGAAAUAUCCUUUACAAAAAAAGGAGCAUUUCUAGUGAGUGAAUGAAUGGACUAUUAACGGACAUCACCUCUAUGUCCUUGAAUAAGGCAGCUAACCCCAGAUCGCUCCGGGGGGGAUUGUCCUUGUAGAUGCAGUUGCUCUGAAAAAAAGUGUCUGCUAAAUGAUGGAGGUUAUUAAAAUCGAAGCCUUGAUCUCUCAGCAGAGCCACUGACUCCACUAUCUAAUGUAACGUUGUAUGUAUGUAAUGUAUGUAUGUAAUAGAGGUGAAAUGAAGCAGACUGCAUUCCUUUGGAGAUCUCCUGAACUGCAGUCGCGUCACUUUGUUUUUACAUUGGUCGUGUGCAAUAGUGUAGCGUAAACAGUGUUGUAUGUGAUAUAUAACAAAAAGUUUGUUGAUAAUUACACUUUUUUUUUUGUUCCACUUUAGAAAAACCCAUUACAGAAAAAGUGAUGCAAAUGUUAUGAAAUAUGUAGAGAAAAUUAAAGGAAGCUGUUUGAAA